AUGUCCGACGACGAAACUCCCACCUCCACCGCCACACCCACCACCCCCUCCGUCACCUUCACCCCAAACACCUCAGAAAAAAUCCAAUCCGCCGUCCAGUCUCUCUCCUCCAUCGUCAACCCAUCCCUCCCCAUCAGCUCAACCACCACCCCUCUCUCCAUCCUCAACGAACCCGAAAUUUACUCCCAAAUCGCCACCCUCCUCCGUAGCCCCAACUCCGGCUCUGGCGAUAACAACCUCUGUCGUUGGCUCUACGACACUUUCCAAUCCAACGUCCCUGAUCUCCAACUCAUCGUCCUCCGUUUCCUCCCCAUUAUCGCCGGUGUUUACCUCUCCCGCGUCGCCGAUAGAAAGCCGCAAGCCGGCUUCGAAGCCGUUCUCUUAGCUCUCUAUGCUUACGAAACAACCUCACGUGCAGGUGAAUCUGUUACCGUUACCAUCCCUGACAUGUCACACCCGAGCGUGUACCAUGAAUCCAAAUCAACAAUGAAUAAAAACAAUGCAACUGAUUUAAACGUGGCUGUUUUGUCCCCGUCGCUUGAGCCACACGGUACCGUCCGAUCCACGCGAAGAGCACGGAUCGUCGGUGUUGCACUCGAGUUAUUCUACAGCAAGAUCUCACAAAUCGCAAUCGAGUCGAAGAUUGAUUUUUGUAAGUUUUGUAAAAUUUGGGCCGGUGAAGAUGGUGACAUGUAUAAGGAUUUCGAAGAUGAUGAUCUAGAAGAUGUUGAUGAUGAUAAUAAUAAUAAUAAUGAUGUUGAAAGAGAAAUUGUUGAAAUUGAAGAAGAGAAAAAAGAGGAAAAUGGUCCUAAUAAGAGGGGUAGGGUUCCAAUGCCAUGGGAAUUAUUGCAACCAGUUUUGAGAAUAUUGGGACAUUGUUUGUUAGGUCCUAAUAACAAGGAUACAGUGUUGUUUGAAGCAGCAAGUGAAGCAUGUAGGUGUUUAUUUGCUAGAGCAAUGCAUGAUGUUAAUCCAAAAGCUAUUUUGCCUAUGAGGAGUUUGUUGAGGCUUUCUAAAAAUGUUGGUGAUGAAAUUGAUCCAACUGAACCAGGAAAAACUGAUGUUAUUAGUCUUUAG